ACCAUCCUACUCACCACCACUCCACCGCACCACGCAGCGCGCGAUUUCAGGAGCUGAGACGCAGAUGGUGGCAUAGCGUUAGCGAGAACAGGAAGCGUGCCACAUGUUGAGUGAGCAGACGGCGGCUAGUGGUAGCAGCAGCAGCCGCGGGGUCGAGCAGGAGAGAAGCGUCGAGGAGAGUCGGUGGCAGCCGGAGGGGGAGGACGAGGAGGAGGUGCCGGAGUUCAGGGACAUCCACGCGCUGAGCCCGCCGCCGACGCCGAGCCAGCCACCGUCGUACCGCCGGGGCCGGGGGGAGUCGUGGGGGUCCGCGGCGGGCGGGAGCAGGCACACGUCGAUCCGCUCCGUCGGGAGCGACACCGCCCCCAGCGAGCCCUUCCCGACUAUGAGCAGGGAGUUCUCGGCCAUGGUCGCCGCAGCAGCCAUCGCCAACGCCGCCGCCAACGGGACCGGGAGCGACGCCCCGGGGAACGUCGACGCGAUGGGGAGGAUCGGGGAGGAGGAGCUGGAGGAGACGAACCCGCUGGCCAUCGUGCCGGACAGUAACCCCAUCCCGUCACCGCGCCGGGGCUCGCCGACCCCCGCGGCAACGGCCGGGGACGUGGCGUUGGCCGGCGCCGGCCACGGCGAAGGUGGGGUGUCCGUGGGGCAGGUGAAGAAGGAGGAGGUGGAGUCCAAGAUCGCAGCGUGGCAGAUCGCCGAGGUGGCCAAGGUCAACAACCGCUUCAAGCGCGAGGAGGUCGUCAUCAACGGGUGGGAGGGCGACCAGGUCGAGAAGGCCAGCGCCUGGCUCAAGAAAUACGAGAGGAAGCUGGAGGAGAAGCGGGCCAAGGCGAUGGAGAAGGCGCAGAACGAGGUGGCCAAGGCGCGGCGCAAGGCGGAGGAGAAGCGCGCGUCGGCGGAGGCCAAGCGGGGCACCAAGGUGGCACGCGUGUUGGAGCUCGCCAACUUCAUGAGGGCCGUCGGGAGGGCGCCCUCCACCAAGCGCUCCUUCUUCUGAACCCUCCUCUUCUUCCUCUGCCUGCUCGUCGCCGGUGCCGUUGCUUGUGGGGUCGUUCACCGCUUCACUCCACAGGAUCAUCACAGUGAUCAGUGCUGUGCUAGCUGCGUGGAACGUUUGUUUUAGUGUUGCACCCACAUGUAUGAUGAUGUAUCAUCACCAAGUCUUUGCUUUUUUAUUUUCUUUUCAGCUUUGUGUUUGAUAUUGUGUUGCAAAGUCGAUGGCCAGGACAGACAGGGAAGUACAUAGCAUAAUAUGGAUGUGCUCUGCCUGAGUCUAGAGGGCAAGAGCUGCUUGUAUUUUGUUGGAAUUUUUCAUGAAGGAUUGUGUAUGUCAAUAUGAACAAGAUAUGAAGUUAAUUACCACCGUGUAAA